AUGGAGAAAGAAAUUAAGCAGCUUAGAGCGAUUGUUGAUGCUAAAGACUGUCAGAUAGCAUUGUUGACCUCUAGAGUAAACCAGUUGGAACAGUACGGUCGUAAUAAAAAUCUAGAGUUUAAUGAGGUUGCUGAAGUACAAGGUGAAGAUGUGGAAGGAGUGGUACGAUGCAUAGCCAAUAAAAUGGGUGUGUCUUUGAAAGAGGAUGAUAUCGAAAUUGCACAUCAUUUGCCAAAAACAAGAAAAGAAAACCGACCAGCAACCAUAAUUGUUCAGUUCGCCAGAAGGAAGAUCCGUGAUAGACUAUUGGAAGCUAGAAAAACGGAUGUGACUAAUGCUGAAACUACAGGACUCAAGGGAGGAAGAAUUUUUGUUGCUAGUAUGGGUGAUGAAGACAAAGCAGAGCCAAAAGUACGGCUGUCACAGCGGCGAAACAAAAUAAUAAUCACCAAAUGUAAGAAAACUUCACCACAGGCCAUAUCAAAACCCACAGAAGAUUCCAGGAAAGUAAAUGGAGAAUCGAUUAAUGAAAACAAAAGUAAAGAUCUGGUAAGUAUUGAACCAGUUGAAGAUAAAACUCCAGAAGAGUUGGAUUCAAUCCAAACGUCCAGACCUGCAAAAAGAAAACAUACAGAUACUUUAGAGGAAGAUAUCAUCAUAAUAGAAAAUGACACUGUGAGAAAUGAAGAAGAAAUAGAUGAUGGAAGUGAUGGAAAAGAUGAAACAUCAUCAGUUGAGUUUAAGGGGUUUAAGAAAAGAAUACUAGCUCAAAUAGAGAAAUUGAAAGAUGACAAUACUAAUCAGGAUAAAAAUGACUCUAUAUCUGGUCCUGCACCAGGAGCUGCAAAACCUAACCUCAGGCCACGAAUAUCAAAGAUAAAUAAGGUAAAAAAGAAGACAACAGCAAAUGGCAAGAAAGGAAGUGAAGGAGACAGCGAUGAAAAUCAAGCAGUGUCUCAGGCUGAGUAUGCUCAGUAUCUUGGCCUGCAACCAACUAUGCAGUUCACGUGUUACCGUUGUGAUGAGAAAGGAUUUCCAUCGAUGUUGGCUUUGAAUAUGCAUCAACGAGGAUGUGGAGAAGCUGAGAAGUCCAGCUUCAUUACAAAUCUUCAGUCUGAUACAAUGCCUCCCUCUGAUCCUAAUAUGAAUAUGAAUCCAAAUUUUAGAAUAACAAGAAAAGUUUAUCUAUGUUCUGCUUGUGCUAAAUGCACCCUUUGUGGAGUGAAAUGUGGCCACAACUACACUUGUCCAAAGAGUAAUACACCUAGGGCUCUAACUCAAAGCUUAGGUGUUGGUAGCCAUCCAACGUCUAUCAGUAAGGCACAGUCUGCAACUCUUACCAAAUACAACUUAGCAGUCUCUAAAAACAGUAAACCUGGACAACUAUGGAUGGGUAAGAAAACCAAGGCCCUUCAGUCAUCAGAUAAUAAUGAAUGGAUGGAUAAGAAAACCAAGACCCUUCAGUCAUCAGAUAAUGAUGAAGACUAUGAUAUAAGUCUUGCUGCCAGCUUUUGUCAUGUAGAUAUUCCUGAUGGUUCUGGGGAACAUGAUAAAAGUGGAACAGAAGAAAGUCCUAUUGUUAUAGGAGAUGACAGCCCAAUACCGAAUACUAAUUUAGCUAUUGAAGAAGAAAGAGAGCCUUCUGAGACGUUACAGCAGAAUCGAGAAGAAAAUAAUUCAACUGAGACGGACAUUCAGCCUGCUGAAACUAAUCCAGAAACAACUGAACCUACUGUUGAGCAAGAAAAUCGGCAAGUAAAUCCAAAGAAUAGUGAAGAAAAUGGAGAAGAAGAUUGUUCAUCUGAAACAGAAUCAGAAGACACUAAUAAUAAACCUAUAGAAGAGGAACAACCGAUACAAGACAGUAAUGUUGACAGUGAUAAGCAUAAUGAUGAAAUAGUGGAAAGAAACUUAUCAGAGGAGUUAAUAUCAAAAGAAUUGAGUGAUCAGAAAGAAAUGGAUCACAAUGAUAUAGAUGAAUCUUCAAAAGAGCAAGAACAGCUUGGUGAUAGUGAACUUAAAGAAGAUUCUAUUACCACUACAAUGAAUGUUGAUAAAACUUCCAAUGUUAAUGCUGACGUUUUACCACCACAAAAUAAUAAGGAUGCCUCUAUGUCAUCUGACUUAGAUGAUGAACCUGAAACUCAUUUAAGUGUUAAUCAAGAAGAUUCUGAUUCAUCUUCAGAUGAAAGUCAUGAUGAUGAUGAAGAAGAUGAUAAAAAGAAGACAGACAGCAAUCUGUCAGUUGAUCUUGAUAAAGACAACUUAUCUUCGGAUAGUGAUGAUAGUGAUAAGUCUAUUUUGGAAGUGGAUGAAAAAUCCAAGGAGCUCUCAAAAGUCAACUUGGAAGACAAUAAAAACGACCCUGAUGAAGCUGUUUCAGAAGAAACAGAAGAAAAAAAUACAGUUUCUGAUGAAGGAUCAAAAGACUUUCAUAUUGAUACUGAUCCUCUAACAGGCAAACAUAUAGAAAAUGAUAAUAAAACAUUAAAUGAUGUAUUAGAAGAACCUCAUCUCCCGCCUCCAGAAGAAGUCAAUGAUGGGAUACCUCUUGCUGGGGAAGAUGCACCUGCUAUGACUCUCACUUUAGAAGAUAAACUUGAAAAUACUAGUUCACAAUCUGUUGUCAAAGAAUGUUACAACAACAGCCACAGUUCCCAUCGAACAACCUCUCAUAACAGAACCUCCUGCCACUCCUUCUGCAACGCCUCCUCCAACAGUUUGAACCUCCAACAGAGUCACUUUCAAGUAACAAAAAGAAACAGAAGUCACCCAAGAAGAAAAAAACAUGUUACAAAUAGUUCAUCAUCAAGUGAUUCUAGCAGUGAUUCAGAUUCUUCCAAUUGGAGUUGCAGAUCAAACUGUAGUUGUUCAAGCUCUAGUUCCAAUAGUUCCAGUUCAUCUAGUUCCGAUUCUGACAGUUCAACAUCGGAAGGCAGACGAAGACUUGCAGCUAGAAAAGAGAAGAAGAAAGAAAGGUUAAAACAUAAACAUCAUAAAGAAGAGCUGACUCCUACUCCUGAGGAACCUCCACCACCUCCUCCAGAUGAAGAUCCUGUUGUCGAUGCUCCUGCAGAAGCAGUUGAAUUACCAAUAAGAGAAUCAGAUUUAGACACAGAUGAGUCAUCUACUGAUGAAGAUUUCUAUGACAAGUAUCCGCAGAGCCAGGCCAAACAGCAGAUGGAGGAGAGAAACUUGAUGUUGUUGGCUAGUGUUGCACUUGUGAAUGAUGGAACGGUUUCUCCACCACCUCCAACACUGCCCCCACCGCCACCACCUCCACCAACACCACCACCACCAGUAGCUCCUACUGUUGAGGAAACAUCUCCUCCGCCACCUGUUAUUAGAAGAAAGGUUAAAAAUAAGAGAAGACGAAGAUCCCAACAAAGUAAAAAGUUUACAAGUAAAACCGGGUCACCACAUCAGCAGAUUAAACCUUCUACGUCAAUGAAUAUACCGAGUGCAACGUCUACUCCAGUUUCCUUGGUGUCAACAAACCAUCAUAAUCUGAUAACAAAAGUCGCUUCACCCCUCCGUACACCCAUCGCUACUUUGCAGUCGGAUGCAACAGCAGGCAGUGGUUUCUGA